AUGGAGGAGCCGCGGCCGUGCGCGGGGCCAUCAGACGACGCGGAGGUGUCCGUCGACCGCGCCGUGCUCAGGAGGCUUGAGCAGAACACCGGGGCCCUGCAGGACCUGCUCUCGGCCGUGCGGGCUGCAUCGGCGCGUGCGCUCACGUACGAGCAGGCGGCUGGGCUGAUGAGCGUCGACAGGGGCGGGGGCGGGGAUCUCAAGGCCGUGCUGGACGCGGUGUCUGCGGUGCAGCGGGCUGUCUCCUCCGCCGAGAUGAAGAUCACCUCCAGGGUCGGGGAGGUCCAGCUGUGCUGCAGCACACAGGCCGACCUGCAUCGCGUCCUCGAGGCGGUCUCGAGCAGUGCGACCGUCACGGACCUGCGGGGGGUGGCGCAGGACCUGAGGGCGCAGCAGGCCGUCAACCUUCGGCCGGUCUUGGAUGCAAUUUCGGCCGCGGUGCAUGAGCUGAAGGCGCAACCGGCCGCGACCUCGGUGCAAGAGCUGAAGGCGCAACCAACGGUGGACCUUCGACCCGUGUUGGAUUCAAUCGCGACCUCGGUGCAAGAGCCGAAGACGCAUUCGGUCGUGGACCUUCGGCCUGUCCUAGAUUCAAUCGCGACCUCAGUUACUGAGCUGAAGGCGCGACCAGCCGUGGACCUUCGGCCACAACUGGAUGCUAUCUCGGUCGCUGUGAAUGACCUGAAGGCGCGACCGGCUGUGGACCUUCGGCCCGUGUUGGAUUCAAUCGCGGCCUCGGUGCAUGAGCUCAAGGCGCAACCAGCUGUUGACCUUCGGCAAGCGUUGGAUUCGAUCGCGACUUCGGUGCAUGACCCGAAGGCGCAACCAGCCGUGGAUCUUCGACCCGUGUUGGAUUCGAUCGCGACCUCGGUGCAAGAGCUGAAGGCACAACCAACGGUGGACCUUCGACCCGUGUUGGAUUCGAUCGCGACCUCAGUUAAUGAGUUGAAGGCGCAACCGGAAGUGGACAUUCGGCCAGUGUUGAGUGCGCUCUCGGUCGCGGUGCAUGAGCUGAAGGCGCGACCAGCCGUGGACCUUCGGCCAGAACUGGAUGCGAUCUCGGUCGCUGUGAAUGACCUGAAGGCGCGACCAGCUGUGGACCUUCGGCCCGUGUUGGAUUCGAUCGCGACCAGGGCCACCGCCGCAGAUGUGGUGCACAUAGUGCAGGGCUCUGUCACUGUCGACCUGGACGCAAAGCCCUUGAUGGAUGCGAUCUCCUCCAGGGCCGCCGCAGCAGACCUGCAAAAGAUGGCCGCGAGCAUACAAGCCCUGCUCGACAGGGCCCUGGCCGCGGACCUGCAGCCAGGGGCGAAGGGCCCCAGGCCUGCCGUGGACCUCCAGGCCGUGCUCGACGCCAUCUCGAGCAGGGCCUCCGCGACAGACCUCCAGGGGCUCGCGCAGGACCUCGACUGCCAGCCCGUCUUGGAUGCCAUCGCCGCCUCUGCCGCACGCGUUCAGCAGGCGGUGCUGGAGUGCGUGCGGGAGGCUCUGCCCGUGCAGGCCGAGCUGGACGUCCGGCCUCUGCUGGAGGCCAUCGCCACCAGGGCCUCCGCCGCAGACGAGAGGGUGGCGCAGGAGCUCGCCGAGGGCCUGAGGCCCCUGCUGGGCGGCGCCCCCCGGGCGGGCGCUGCGGGGCAGCAGCCGGCCGCGCCGGACCUCCGGCCCGUGCUGGACGCGAUCGCGACGAGGGCCGGGGCCGCGGAGCUGGAGCGCCUGGCGCGGGCGGUGCACGAGGGGCUCCAGCGCGAGCUGCCGCCCGUGCACGUGGACGUGGACAUGCAGCCGCUGCUCGACGCGAUCUCCACCCGGGCCACCGCCGCGGACGUGCGGCGGGCGGUGGCGGGCGGCCCGAGCGCUGGCGGGGCGGCGGCGGCGGAGCCCAGGGGUGGCACCGCGCAGUGA